CGAACAAAAGCAUCAGAAUCUCUCUAUCGAACCGUUCGACUUUCUAGCUCCAACAUCUCCUAGAGAGUCCACAACAAAUAGUACAAGGUCUAUCAAAGGAAUCAAAUCGACGCAAAAUACGUUGCAAUGAAAUUCACACUCUUCUUCAUCUCAGCUUUGGCUUUCCUCUGCCUCUCAUCAUCAGAAUUCCUUUCUUGGGAAAAUAUCCAGGACUAUGUCACUACGGAACCUCCACCAAAGAAACAACCGUAUCAGUCACCAGAUUGCAAAUGUGUUGGAGAGCCUGGGGGAAAAGGAGAGCUAGGUUCAAAAGGAGAGCGAGGACCAAAGGGAGAGUUAGGAGCAAAUGGAAUGCCAGGAGCAAAUGGAAUGCCAGGAGCAAAUGGAAAGACAGGACUAAAGGGAGAGCCUGGAAGAGAUGGAAGACAUGGUCAGAACGGAAGACUAGGAAGCAGACAUGUUGUAAAAGGUGCACGAGGUGAGAAAGGAGAGACAGGUUCACCAGGAGUCACACCAAUUCCACAGCAACUAAACUGGAAGCAGUGUGCUCAAAGUAUUGGCUCAGACAAAAAAGCAGGAACAUUACUCCACUGUUUCUUCAAAAAAUACGAAGAUAAAACAUCACUACGUGUAGAAUUUGGAGGAACUAUACGAACAAUGCUUAACACCUUGAAGAAAAAACAAAGUGUCGUUUGUGCUCGAUGGUACUUUACAUUCAAUGGUGAAGAAUGCCAACCACCAAUUGAUGGUGUUGUGUUUGAGGGUCAGAUAGGCAAUUCACAUUAUCCUCACCAAAUCGGCGGGUUUUGUCAAAAAACUGCAAGUAACAAACAUCUUAAAACUGGCACAGUUCACAUUGAAUUUCGCAUUGGGCAUUGCCAUCAUAGACGACCAGAAGGCAUCCCAUAUCUUGGCUUGGAUUCUGUUUCACGAAUAAUAAUCAUUGAAAUGCCACCACCUCAGGAGUAAAGCCGAGCUAUGAACUCUUGCAGAACUGAUGAUAUUAACUGAUGUUGCUCUAGCUACACACAGCAAUAAGUAGUUGCUAGAUGUGUACGUCACUUUGCUGUAGAAUGUGUGCUGCGCUUCUUGCUGAUUACUCAGAAAGCAAAGGCUGUUGCAAAUACAAA